CGAAGCACCGGUCCUAUGUUUAGGACGGGCGUGGACGCCGGGAAGAGGAUUUUUCACGUUAUUCCUCUUCCAAACCGUUGUCACACAGUAAUACGGAAGACUACUCUCCAGUUGUUAGGUUACCAGGCAUCGUUUCUCAGAAACAACCAUUUCUGCACACUUCAGAAGUCUGGUUGCGAUAAUUCGUCCUACUUCAAGAUGCGGGUCUUCUUGCUUCUUUUCUUUGUCCUGGUCAGCAAGACAUUAGCUGUACCUCCAAUUGAUGUACAAGAGGAAGCAGUUUUUGACACAGACCAGGUAGUUCUGGAUGAGCCUGCAGCAGAGGAGGAGGUGGUGGAGAUAGAGGAGCCGACAGUUGGAGCGAACCCUGUCCAGGUUGAAACAGAUGACUUUGAGGAACCAGAAGAAACUGUAGAGGAAGUUGUUGCCGAGAACCCAUGUUUAAAUCAUUAUUGCAAGCAUGGCAAGGUCUGUGAAGUUGAUGAGAACAACAUGCCAAUGUGUGUGUGCCAGGAUCCAUCCACUUGCCCUACUGCUACAGGUGAAUUUGAGCAUGUCUGCGGUAAUGACAACAAGACCUAUGACUCUUCCUGCCACUUCUUUGCCACCAAGUGUACACUAGAAGGAACCAAAAAAGGACACAAACUGCACCUUGACUACAUUGGACCAUGCAAAUAUAUCCCUCCCUGCAUGGACAAUGAACUGUCUGAAUUCCCAUUCCGUAUGCGUGACUGGCUGAAGAAUGUCCUGGUUACUAUGUUUGAACGGGAUGAGGAAAACAACCUGCUGACUGAGAAACAGAAACUGAGAGUGAAGAAAAUCUUUGAGAAUGAGAAGCGUCUAUCAGCUGGGGACCACUCCAUUGACCUGCUGACCCUGGACUUUGUGAAGAACUACAACAUGUACAUCUUCCCCGUGCACUGGCAGUUUGGACAGCUGGACCAGCACCCUGUUGAUGGGUAUCUGUCCCACACCGAGCUAGCUCCUCUGCGUGCACCACUGAUCCCAAUGGAGCACUGCACCACUCGUUUCUUCACAGAGUGUGACACCGACAGUGACAGAUACAUUGCUCUAGAGGAAUGGGCUGCUUGCUUUGGCAUUAAAGAGCAGGAUAUUGACAAGAAUCUUGUGAUCUAAGCAAGACAACAACGAUUUCUGCGCUUUUUAAAAAAUUGGGACAUGGUGCUAAUAUAGAUUUCAGUAUGUUAAUGGUGCUAACUCACACUUCAACAAGCUAUCUAUUACCACAAGAACAUCGUUAAUACACCUAAUGUGUUUAGCCCAUUCAUGUCUUUUUUCCAUAUAAAAGAUAAAAAAGAUGUUAAAAAGCACAUUAUUUUCAGUUUAGAUUUCUUACCUUUGCUGAUUUUUUUACAUGCUGUACUAAAUCCAAUAUGUUUGGAUCAUUAAUAUCUAGCGUCAUAAGUCAGAAUGGUUGGAUGGUUAUACUGAUAAGUUUUGUUUAUGGUCAAGAGAAAAGGGUAAAUAUUUCAGGGUUCCUUGUGGCAAGUUGCGGAGGAGUUUAUGUAUUAGAAAACGUGGAAUUAAAAAGGUGGUAUAUCCAUGUCCCCUUCUCAUUAAGGCAUGGAUUUAAUUUAGAUUUUGGGAAAAUAUUAAAUCUUAAUAAGCACUAAACUUGUAAAACCUCCAUUUUUGAAAUAAAAUGUUCUAAAAUG